UCACUGGGGCAGGAGUAAAUGCGGGUCACGACGCCGCCGCACGUACGUUGGACCCGAAGUGCAACAUGCGCAGACAGACACAGAGUCCGGUUUAAUGUAACCAUUACCAAACCUGCCGACGAACACGCGUAGCAAUGAGAUGUUUUACCUGUGUUUCAAGAUAGAAGCUUGGAUAUUUAUUCAUGGAGGCGACAUAGUUCACUGAGGGCAGCCUGACCUCGGUUUUGUUGUCGGUAAGCUAAGCUGUAUGCUAAUGGUGGUGUGAGCUGGUCGAUGGUUACACAUCGAUAAGAAACAAAAUGAUUAAAAACUGGGGUGUCAUUGGUGGGAUAGCUGCUGCGAUUGCAGCUGGAGUAUAUGUUUUGUGGGGCCCAAUUACAGAGAGAAAGAAGAGAAAGAGAGGUAUGGUUCCUGGUCUGUUGAACCUAGGCAACACCUGCUUCCUGAACUCUUUGCUUCAGGGGCUGGCAGCGUGUCCGUCCUUCAUCAGGUGGCUGGAGAAAUUUUCUGGUUCGCCUACGAUCCAGUCAUGCAAAGACAACCAGCUGUCCACAACUUUGCUUCAGCUUCUCAAAGCUCUGUCCAGUGAUGAGCCUGGGGAGGAAGAUGUGCUGGAUGCUGGAUGCCUCCUGGAUGUUCUCAGACUGUACCGGUGGCACAUCAGUUCAUUUGAAGAGCAGGAUGCACAUGAACUUUUUCAUGUCCUUACAUCUUCUCUGGAGGAGGAACGGGAUCGCCAACCCAAAGUCACUCACUUGUUUGACAUGCAGUCUCUCGAGAGCCUCCCUGAUCAAGAUGAGAAAACUAUGACCUGCAGAAGUCGAGCUCCUCUUCAUCCAAUACCAAGUCCAUGGAAGUUUCAGCAUCCUUUUCAUGGUCGUCUAACGAGCAACAUGUCAUGCAAACGCUGCGAACAGCAAAGUCCAGUGCGGUAUGAUUCAUUUGAGAGCCUCUCCCUGUCCAUCCCUUUACCUCAGUGGGGUCGGCCUAUCUCUCUCGAUCAGUGUCUUCAGCAUUUCAUCUCCUCAGAGACCAUCAAAGAAGUGGAGUGUGAAAACUGCACCAAGCUUCAACAAGAAACGACAGUAAAUGGGCAAGUUCUGGAAAGUCAGAGAACAACAUUUGUUAAACAGCUAAAACUGGGAAAGCUCCCCCAGUGCCUCUGCAUCCACUUACAAAGACUGACGUGGUCCAGUGAAGGGACCCCCAUCAAAAGACAGGAGCAUGUGCAGUUUACAGAGUAUCUAUCAAUGGACCGCUACAAACACAACAUUUCCACGCAGAGAAGUCAGCGGAUCAUGUGUGCUCCAAAGCCUGUGAAGGCAGAAAAUUCAGAUGAUGUUAUUGAAAAGCCCACAGCCAAUGGCACGGAUGCAGAACAUCACAACAACAACAAACCUUUUUCCAAUGGAACCUGUUCAUCUUUAUUUCUUCACUCUCCUGGUGUGAACCCGCAGCUCGGCCUCACAUAUGACUACAGUUCUACAGAGUACCUUUUCCAGCUCACAGCCGUGCUGGUUCACCAUGGUGACAUGCACUCGGGACAUUUUGUCACGUACCGCCGCAGCCCUCCUUCACCACGCAGCUCCUCAGCCUUCAGCUCCUCAGCCUUCAGCUCCCAGUGGCUUUGGGUGUCGGACGACUCCGUACGAAAAGCCAGCCUGCACGAGGUGCUGUCUUCCAACGCUUACAUGCUCUUCUAUGAGAGAGUCCAGAGGCUGAACCUCACUCUGCGCUCAGAGGAGUGACCAGAAACUUACGACCUCAAAAGCCUGACCAACCUCCGGCUUUCCAGUCAAGACCGUCACAGCUGUAUGUGCCAGUUACAACACGGUUACCAACGGGUGGAUUAUGACUUUGUGAUGAUGAGACCAGAGACGAAAGCCAUCCCGGAGUUAUUUUAGAGAUAAUUUUGCAUCAUGGAUCGUGGCAACAUGUUGAAGAUCAUUGUAUGAUGUUUUCUGAUAUUAAAUCCAUGAGUGGACACUUUGCCUGCUGCUCUGAUCCAGAAUAGGAUGCUCUUAAUCCCAAAGAUUAUGGACCUGCAGGAUUUUUAGUCAAAUAUCUUUGAUCACGUAAACCACUAUUCUUUGAUCCAUAUAACAGUUUCUUUCAUGUAACACUUCUACAGGACAAAAAUACAGGAACACCUGACAGUAUAGUGGUUUCUAAGGUAAUAGCCCUGCAAUACAUUAUUCAUGUGUGAAGUUUAUUUUUAUUGAGGCUGUUGAGGCUCAACAGAAGUAGCUGAGUAGGACUACAUAGAGAUAUUAUUUGUUAUGUAUUAUGAAAAGUCAAACAGGUAAUUCUUUAACUCUGGUUCUCUGUCGUCUGGUCUAAUUUGCCUAAUCAUUCCUAGCAGUGAAUGUUAACUGAAAUGGAAAUAAUGUUUCGACUGACACAGUUCAUAAGAUGUUGAAUUUGAUAUUUUUCUAUGUUUCCAAUAAUCCUUACACUGUCAUGAUUUGCAGAGCUGCACAGUUGAAGUAAAAGUGCCAUGGUGUCUUGAAUGCUCGAGAUUUUUAACACAUGAAAGCACGUCUGCUGCGACUGGUGUGAACGUACAAUAACAUCUCCUCAAAAACGGUGUUGAUGAUCAGCAGAUUAAUAAUGAUCGGCUCUCAGUUAAUAAAGCCAGAGUACGACUACAGGUUACUUGGCAAGUUAUCCUGAAUAUUUUUUAACUGCGUGUAACUGAUAACUGCCAGUUUGCUCCGACCCGACCAAUCGAGUCAAACUGAGAAAUGGCCUGGUGCGAAAACCCCUUGUUAAUGUUUGCGAUUUGCACUAAUGUAUAUUCACGUGAGAUUGUGUGUAUUUGUGUGCAAUCUGUAAAGGUGAUUGUUUUCAUAUAUUAAAAAAAUAAAAUGAA